AUGGCGACGGAUCGAAGCCUGGAGGUGCGCGCCGUCGCGGCCGUCUUCCUCACUUUGGCCGCCGUGACGACUAUUCUGCGAUGCUAUGUGCGCCUGGUCAUUGUGAAGGCGUUCGGGUGGGACGAUACCAUCAUGGUCGUCGCGAUGCUCUUCUACGCCAUGUUCUGCGGCUGCAUGAUCGGAGGCAGUAUCUACGGCACGGGAAAGCAUCUGAUCGACCUCUCUAACGAGCAGCGAACAACGGCAAUGGAGUACUGGUUCCUCUGCGACAUCGGCUACGCCCUCGCCUCGAUCCUGUGCAAAGUCUCCGUCAGCAUCUUCAUCCUGCGCGUGACCAUCAACCGCAUCCACCAGAUCGUCAUCGGCAUCGUGGGCGGCAUCGUCAUCGCCGCCGGCUUCACCUUCUUCAUCAUGCUCCUCGUCCAAUGCCACCCGCUCUCCUACUUCUGGACCAGACUCGCCUCCAACCCCAACACCGGAACCUGCAUCAACAUCGACAUCGUCAUCGGGGGGCUGUAUGCCUUCAGCGCCGCCUCCGCGCUGUUCGACCUCACCAUCGGCAUUCUCCCCAUCAUGCUCGUGCGGAAGCUGAAGAUGCGUCGCGACGUGAAAAUCGCGGUCGCGGGCCUGUUGAGUAUGGCUUGCGUCGCAUCCAUCGCCGUCAUCGUCCGAAUCCCGUACAUCAACACCCUCCACAGCAAAGACUUCCUCUACGCAACAACCCCCAUAGCCGUCUGGUCCAACAUCGAAACCGGCCUGGGCAUCUUCGCCGGCAGCCUGGCCACCCUCCGCCCUCUCCUCCGCCAAUUCCACCCCUCCACCGGCCCGGGCUACCCCUCUCCCUGGCCCAGCUCGCGCGGCGGCGGCAAACGCAGUCGCUCCAUGCCGCUGCAUUCUCUCGAGACGCCCAUCCACGAUGCCAGUCGACUGCAUACCGACGAGAGACUCUACAACACCACGAUAUACAGCGUUGAGCCCGGGGAGAGGCGCGAGUCCGGCGAGGACUCGGCGGACCAGUCGCCUAUUUUGCCGAAGUGGGGUGGGAUGGCGGGGAGGGAGGAUGUCGAGAGGGGUGGGGGUGCGGGUGGGAUCAAUGUUGUGAGGGAGGUGGUUGUUGUUAGGGGGGAAUAG